AGUGUCUCGACAUUCGACACCAUCGCCGCCUCUUCUGCAUCUGCAUCAUCUUCAUCAUCCCCCGCUCUUCGUGUUUUUGUUUAAUUUCCCACUCGCCCCCGCCCUUUCUCUCUAUCUCCAAUAGAGCCUCGCUCUCUGUGUUUUAUAGCUGUGGUGAAAUUGCGUUGUUGCGCAAUACAAGGAUGCGGUGGUAGUUCAAUUGGUCUCAGUUUCUGUUUUGGUGAAUUGGCUCGCUCGCGCUUGCAGGGAGGGAGCUAGAGUUGCUGGAGAGAGUUGCAGUGCUGUUUUCGUCGCCUUUCGUCUUAUCUCUACUUAGUUUCUUUCUCCUUUUUUCUUUUUUUUCUAUUUUCUUUUUUUGGUGUGUGUUUGUGUCUGUGUGUUUGUUUGUGCUUUUGAUCGGCUUUGCAGUGAGCGUGCUGUGUCGUGAUCAUGUCUUGUGGAUGUGGGUGCUGCCCCAAGUGCGGCUGCCAGGCUACCUGCACUUGCAAUCACAGUAUGACGUGGUGCGACCAUACCAUGAGUGACUUCAGCUAUGCAGUUAUAUCGGCAUGGAGAUCGUACCCCAGGAGAACGCAAAGUGCGGUGCCAGCUGGGACUGCCCAGCCGAAAUCCGUGCCAAUGGAAACUCUAGCGAGUGUCUCUUCUUCGAGGUUGCCGAGAGCGGCAACGAUACCUGCCUGGAUGGGACUUGCGCCAAGAAAGGAGGGAUAUAUUUCGAGUAGAUUGGCAUGCCAGUCAAAUGCGACUGGUGACUGGCACCUGCAUCUGUCCAGCGGGCUCCUGUACCAUGUUACAGUGUCAAUAUGAGGAAUGUGCGGGAGGGGUGUAAAAGAAUAGGUAGAGUUGUUUCUUUUGGAAAAUAAUCACAUCAGUAGUCAGCGGAACACACCACCACUGCUUGGAUCACCAGGACUAGCAGGAGCCAGUCAUUAGAUCCUCAGUUUCUGGACUUUUAGUAUUACGGGCCAGCCGGUCUGCCGACGGCAUGGGUUGAUCGACUAUAUUACUGUGUGCUUAGUCACAUUAAAGGAUUACAUCUUCGCCUAUUU